CCCAGCAGCCGGACGGGCCCGACGCCGAGUUCCUGUCGGCGCUGGGCGAGCUGACCGGCCAGCUGGCCGAGGCACGCGCCGAGGUGGAUGAAGUCAGCCGGCAGCAGUGCCGCCAGCUGAACUCCCCUCGCCACCAUGGAGCAGGCGUGGCAAGCGACGCAGCAGCGCGCCACGGCCGCCCUGGCUCGGCUCAGCCGCCUCCGGCUUCAGCUGGACGGCCUGCAGCAGAAGCUGAAUGACAAGACUUCAGAUCUAACGUCAACGCAGGCGCACAUGGUCCAGAUUCAGAUCAACAGCGCCAGGAGGCAGCUGCUGUCUGUGGUGCAGCACUUCAACGACGAGGAACUGAACUUCAGGGCCAGGAAGAAGGAGCACCUGAAGCGGCAGCUGCUCAUCACUGGCGCCGCUAUCGAUGAUGAGGAGCUGGAGACGCUCUUGGACAAUGGCGACGUGCAACUCUUCAACGAAAGCAUCAUGAUGCGCGUGGAGACGGCUCGAGCCGAGCUGAAUGAGGCAGAGGACCGCUAUCAGCAGAUCCGCGCUCUGGAGACCUCCAUCGAGCAGCUGCACGAGAUGUUCAUACAGCUGUCGCUGCUCGUGCAGCAGCAGGGCGAAGCCAUCGACCGCAUAGAGGACAAUACAAUGAAGACAGUGGCCAACGCGGAACGAGGUCAGAAGGAGCUGGGCAGCGCACUUCAGAAGAAGAAGAACAGUCGCAAGAUGAUGAUUGGCUGCGGCAUUGUGCUAGCCGUGGUCGGCGUCAUCCUGCUGAUAAUCCUCAUCAGCUACCUGGGCUAGCGCAUUGUCAGCACGCCGACAUGCUGUUAGCUGGCAGUCGACGUGAGAUGCCGUGCUCUGGACAACGCAGUGACAAUUAUUGUGAUGACACGCGGCAGGACUCGGCAUGCGUUUGCAUGCAUGUACACACAUGUCUUGAAAUGGCACAGGCUGGCAUGCACUGCUCAUGCAUAUUUGUGGAGAGCUAACAGCACCUUUGCGAGGCUUUGGUUAGCUAUUUGAUACCAGAUUCUAUUACCAUAAAAUCUGCUGCAGGCCUCGACAUCUAAUUGACAUUUGACUUCACAACAAGCAGACUGACUGUGAGACAAUAGACGUUUGUUUGUGAAAACGAGCGGUCAUUGGCUAGUGAGCUGGGUUCUAUGUGGUUAUGAUUGUGGUCUAUGUUUGUGAUCUAUGUGAUGUGAUGAUAUGUGUGUGAUGUGAUCUAUGUGAUGUGAUGAUAUGUGUGUGAUGUGAUCUAUGUGAUGACAUGUGAUGUGGUUUAUGUGAGGAUAUGUGUGUGAUGUGAUCUAUGAUAUGGUUGUGGACGGCAUCGACCCAUGCGAGUGUCUUGUAAUGUUCUCGGCAUGGUGCUGCCAAUGUGGAGCCCUUUAGGGUGCACGUUAAUUUAAAUAAGCUCAUUUUGUCCUGAAAUCGUGGGAAUAAAGUCGCGACGGGCUUUGU